CCCGCGGCCCCCUCAGCGCUGGGAGCGGUUCCUCCUUCGGCUCUUAAAGGGGGCACGGCCGCGCGGGUGGGGCCACCCCGGCAUGAGAUGCAGCGCGGGCCGCCGGACGAGCCCCCUCCCAUGGAAGCCAGAGGGGGGUCUGGUCCCCAAGCCCCCGACCUCAUCCGUCGCCAGAAGCGCCGGGAGCUGGACGCUCGGCGCAGCAAGUGCCGGAUCCGCAUCGGGGGGCACCUGGAGCGCUGGUGCCAGCUCAAGGACCAGCUGGGCUUUGCUCUGCACUCCCAGUUGGCCCAGUUCCUGCUGGACAGGUUCAGCACCCAGGGAUGCGUCUGGAGCUCGGGUGACCCUGAACCCAGCCUCCUCCACACCGAUGCCCUGCAGCGCCUCGUGGUCCUGUCCCACGGCCACGGCCAAGAGUGCGGCUUCGUCCCCGACAUGAAGCCGCCGGCGCCGGGCGGCGAGUCGCAGCUGGUCUGGGAGUGUGUGGCAGGACACAGCUUCUCCUGGGGUGUCCCCAAGGAGCUGGGGGGAUGGAACCCCACCACCCACCACCACACACAAGGACAAAGUGGGGCUUUGGGCUGUAGUUCGCCGGUCACCGGCCGCCGGCGCUCGCUGCGGCGUUUGGGGCUGGUGGCUGAGUCUGGAUCCAGGCUGGAGGGAGCAGCUUUGUCUGGUGGUGAUGGGGACCAGAGGGAAGAAGCAGGAGCUGGUGGUGAUGAUGAUGAUGAUGAUGGCAAUGCAGCUCCCCAAGCGCCGACGGCGACGGAGACGGCGGCAGAAGUCGGUGGGAGCGCUCUCGUCCCGGAGGAGAAAGCAGAGGAAGGGGUUGAGGCCCAAGGAGAAGAGGAAGAGGAGGAAGAAGGCUUUGCUGAGGACUAUGACCUGGCUUACACUGAUGACCUGCGUGAUGAGAACUACCACCCGUGUCUGGACAGCGACUCCGAGCCCCAGCGACGACAAAACCAGACCAAAACCCGCAAGAGAGCCAUCAAGGAGGAGCAGCCCCAAGAUGAGCUGAGCCUGAGCAGCUCCAACCCACCAGAGGAGAAGAGUGGAAGGCUCAGCUGCAAGAGGCGACCACGCGACGAGGACACGGCUCAGAUUGGCCCCAAGAGGAUCAGGAAGGCGGCCAAGCGCGAGAUCCUCCUGUGCGACUUCGAGGGCUGCGGCAAAAUCUUCUCCAACCGCCAGUACCUGAAUCACCACAAAAAGUACCAGCAUGUCCACCAAAAGACCUUCACCUGCUCAGAACCCAGCUGUGGCAAGUCCUUCAACUUCAAGAAGCACCUCAAGGAACAUGAGAAGCUGCACAGUGACAAACGAGACUACAUCUGCGAGUUCUGUGCCCGCUCCUUCCGCACCAGCAGCAACCUCAUCAUCCACAGGCGCAUCCACACCGGCGAGAAGCCCCUCCAGUGUGAGAUUUGCGGCUUCACCUGCCGCCAAAAAGCCUCCCUCAACUGGCACAUGAAGAAACACGACGCCGACUCCUUUUACCAGUUCUCCUGCGACAUCUGUGGCAAGAAAUUCGAGAAGAAGGACAAUGUCACUGCCCACAAAAGCAAAAGUCACCCUGAAAUACCUGGGGGAACCCCCCAAAUCGACGUGGGACAGAGGCAGAUGGUGCCAUCCCCACCUGAUGAUUUCAGGGCGAGGAUGGAGCCCUCAGAGCUGCCUGGAGCAGGGGAGUGUGAGGAGAUGAUGGGGUUUGGGGGUACCCCUGGGAGUGGGGGUGAAGCCAAACCCCGUCCUCCCACCCCAGCUGAAGAUAGGGGUGGGGAUGGGUGAGGGUUUGGGUGAUAAAAGGACUCAUCCCCCCUCAAAUCUGGGCUGAAGGAGGAAGUGGGGGACAACAAAACCCACCCCCCUCAAAGGACACAAAGGAACUGAGGGGGGAAAACCCCCAAUUUCUGUCCUCAAAACCAACCUUCCCUGAGGCACAGGAGCCCACCACAGCUUCCCUCAUCCCACAAUCAUCAGCUGGAUCCUCAUUAAAGACUUAUUUUUGUGUAAAAGAA